GAGGCGCGCCUGCGCCGUGCAGCGGCGCACGCGUUCGAGCCGGAAGCAUAUGUUGGAGCGGGAGAUCCUUGGGGAUGGAAGCGGAGAUGGAAUCGCAGAGCGCCGGAGCCGAAGAUGGCUUCACCCAAGUCACCCGUAAGGGUGGCCGGCGGGCGAAGAAACGGCAGGCUGAGCCGCUGUCCGCGGCGGGGGACGGCGGGGACGCAGGCCGCAUGGACACGGAGGAGGCCCGGCCCGCGAAGAGGCCGGUUUUCCCGCCCCUCGCCGGGGAUGGAUUCCUGGGUGGGAAAGAAGAAACAAGGAAAAUUCCAGUCCCAGCUAACAGAUACACGCCCUUAAAAGAGAACUGGAUGAAGAUAUUUACUCCUGUUGUAGAACAUUUGGGACUUCAGAUACGGUUUAACUUGAAAUCGAGGAAUGUAGAAAUUAGGACUUGUAAAGAAACCAAGGAUGUUAGUGCCUUGACAAAAGCAGCUGAUUUUGUGAAAGCCUUUAUUCUUGGGUUUCAGGUGGAGGAUGCACUUGCCCUCAUUAGGUUGGAUGACCUCUUCCUAGAGUCUUUUGAAAUUACAGAUGUAAAGCCCUUAAAGGGAGACCACCUGUCAAGGGCAAUAGGAAGAAUCGCUGGCAAAGGAGGAAAAACCAAAUUCACCAUAGAGAACGUGACACGGACACGGAUAGUUUUGGCUGAUGUGAAAGUUCACAUCCUUGGCUCUUUCCAAAACAUCAAGAUGGCAAGAACUGCCAUUUGCAACCUCAUCCUGGGAAAUCCUCCAUCAAAGGUUUAUGGCAAUAUCCGAGCUGUGGCUAGCAGAGCAGCAGAUCGAUUCUGAUUUCAAAUCAGAGACUUUUUAUCUUGUCUUUGGACUCUAGAGAAAAAGCCCUUGUCCUCUGCAUGUGGUCAUAAGAAACCAUGAGAACUUUUCAGUCACUUUAAGCCUCCAUCACUUUUCUGUUCUCAGCCAGAAGCAUCAACAGAAAGGUUUGAUAAUAUUCACACGCAGCAACUUGAGGAUAAUUCCCAUAUCUGAAUUUAGUACCAUAAUUAUACUUAUACAUUAAUUAUAAUUUAUCACUUCACUUUAAAUAAAAGAUUUACAUAGUUUAUAAUUCUUACUGGGAAACUUGUUUAAACAGUCCUGUAUGAAUUUAUAAAUUUGUAACUUUUUAUAAACAUUUCUUGUCUAUGCAGUGUAUUUAAAAGAAUCAGCUCACAAAAUCGCUCUGAAACCUGACCCUUAAUACUGGGUGGUAUGUAGGCUUUUUAGAAGCAGCGGUUUGGAGAUACUGUUGUGAACAAAGGCUAAUCCUUGUACUUAUUUUGUAGCUUAUAAAAUUAAAGACAUCACAAGGUU